CGUAACGGCCGCGCGUAUAGGCAGCGCACGCGCAUCGGCGCUUGCACUACGAACCACGAAACACGAUACGAGUGACGAUCGAUAAGACCGUGAUAAAAACCGCAGUGUUUGUAAAUUCCGUAGCCGAAGCGAGUCAUGUAAGAGUUAUGAUACGAAAAUGUUAACACGGCUAGCGGAGUGAUUUAUUGAUAAAAUGUGUAACAACAAUAAUAAAAUGGGUAGCGGGAAGUUCGGACUCAAUGUUAAGAAGGAGAAAGUGAAUUCGACAGAGGCUAACAAGACUGAGUUUAGUGUUAAGGAAAAAUGUCGCAAGUUGCAGAAGAAACUCAGGAAGACUGAUAAAAUGAAGACUGAAACUAGUUCCAAGGAAAAGACGAUUUGGUGGAAUCAAUGCAGCAGUUUAAGCGAAAUAGACCAGUACCUAUGGAUGGUUGGUGGUUCAGCCGGUGCUUUAGCGCUCACGGGAGUUGCAGCCGCUUCAGCAUUCUAUCUCAGUACACGUCCGAAGCCCGAGAAACCUUUGGUCACAUUACAUGAACAGAGCUUACUUGAACCGGGUCCUGAAAUGGUCCGUGUAUCAAAGUUCUACAAAGAAGCGAAAAAUGGUCGAUUUCUGCGGUAUCUACACGAGGACACACGCACACUCUAUGAAACUUUUCGUCGAGGCGUUAAAGAAUCAAAUAAUGGCAACUGUCUUGGUUGGCGUGACGGACCAAAUAAGCCUUACGUGUGGCAAACUUACAAUGAAACCCUGCUGCGAGCUAAAAACUUCGGCUCAGGUCUUAUAUGCCAAGGUCUUACUCCAGGCCAGGGAACCUUCGUAGGUAUAUACGCCCAAAACUGCCCAGAAUGGAUUAUGGCUGAACAAGCUGCCUACUGUUAUUCUAUGGUUAUUGUACCUUUAUAUGAUACCUUAGGAGCUAACGCAUGUGCCUUCAUUAUUAAUCAGACGGAAAUGUCAGUAGUUGUAUGUGAAGACGAUAAGAAAGCAAAUCUAUUACUCGACCAAUCACCGCGAUGCUUGCGUAAGCUGAUCACGAUAAAGGAAGUCUCGCCGUCGACACACCAAAGGGCAAAAAGCCGAGGUGUGGAAAUUGUUAAGUUCAGCGAUGUCGAGAUUCAAGGAGCUCAUAAAGAUCAUCCAUGUGUUCCACCAAAACCAGACAAUCUCUGCACAAUAUGCUAUACGUCAGGCACAACAGGAAUGCCAAAGGGUGUUAUGUUGACACACGAGAAUGUGGUAGCGUCCAUGUGCAGCGUGAUCAUGCAGCUUGGAGAACAUCGUCCGACGAAGCACGACGUUAUGAUCUCUUUCCUACCCCUUGCACAUAUGCUCGAGCGGUGUUGCGAGAAUGCUCUCUAUAUGGUAGGAGGAGCUGUCGGGUUUUACAAUGGCGAUAUUAGAAGACUAGGUGACGACCUGACUGCCCUCAAGCCGACCAUGAUGCCAGCCGUACCAAGACUCCUCAACAGAUUAUACGAUAAAGCCCAGAGUGAAAUAUCAAACUCGAAGAUAAAGAAGUUACUGUUUAACAUGGCUUUGUCUGCGAAGGAAUCUGAACUUAAGAGGGGCAUAAUCCGCGGCGACUCGAUCUGGGACAAGCUGGUGUUCCGCAAGGUGCGCGAGGGCAUGGGCGGGCGCCUGCGCAUCGUCGUGGUGGGCUCGGCGCCGCUCGCCGGGAACGUGCUCACCUUCGCGCGCUGCGCGCUCGGCUGUCUGAUCGUAGAAGGCUACGGUCAGACUGAGUGCACUGCGCCGGUUACUCUGACUGUCCAGGGUGAUCACGUGCCUGAACACGUCGGACCUCCCGUCGCUUGUUGUAAAGUGAAGCUAGUGGAUGUUCCCGAGAUGGAGUAUUUCGCGGCGCAGGGUCAAGGUGAAGUGUGCGUGCAGGGCGCCAACGUGUUCAAGGGAUACUUCAAGGAGCCCGACAAGACGCGCCAGGUCAUUGACCAGGAUGGUUGGCACCACACCGGCGACGUGGGGAAAUGGCUACCUAAUGGUACCUUAAAAAUCAUCGACAGAAGAAAACACAUUUUCAAGCUGUCACAAGGCGAAUAUAUAGUUCCUGAAAAAAUAGAAAACAUUUAUAUUAGAAGUCAAUACGUUGAACAAGUUUUCGUGCACGGCGAAUCUUUAAAGUCAUGCGUAGUAGCGAUCAUCGUACCCGAUGUGGACGUUGUGAAGUGUUGGGCGCUCGAAAACGGAAUCGAGGGAACGUUCUCGAAGCUCUGCGAUGAUGAGCGCGUCAAAAAGAUGAUACUGGAAGACAUGCUGCAGUGGGGUCGGAAUGCAGGACUUAAGACUUUUGAACAGGUAAAGGACAUAUACCUCCACCCCGACCCGUUCUCCGUGCAGAACGGUCUCCUAACACCGACGAUGAAGGCGAAGCGACCGGAGAUCAGGAACUACUUCAAGCCACAAAUCGACGACAUGUAUCAUAAACUUGAAUAACAUUGACUUGAUAUAUUUAAUUAAAUCGUCAUUAGAAACUUUAAAUCCGUGUCGAUUUAAAAUUAUUUUAUAAUGAUACGAAUGAGAUAAUAAACUCGCUGAUGAUUUUUUUUUUUCGGUACGUGUGGUAUGUGUCGUUUAGGUGAUUUCUUAUUUACGCUACCCACCAGAGUUGGUUUGUAAACAAAAUUUUUAAAAACUUUUGACAUUUCGCUUAGAUAUUAGAAACAUCUCGAAGUAUCCGAGUGAAUAUCGUGUACUUAUUUACGAACAAAAAGUAAUUAUGAUUUUAAUUAGUCGUUUAUGUAUUUUCAGUAGCGUUAAGCUUAUUAUCUAAGUCACUUUUCUAUAAAAGCUUACAUUGCUUGUCAAAAAGUACAGUCCCGCCAAAAUUGUUUUCACGAUGAAAUAUUUAGUACUAUAUAAAGUAAAUAUAAGUCUAUUACAAAUUUUUCAUUAGAAACAUAAUCAAGGAGUAUAUAUAGAAGUAGACACGAUUCCGAAAUAGCGUCUUUAUACAAUGGCAAUAAUCUAAGGAACAAUUGUUUCUGGUGCAGUCAAUUAUUCAAUUUUUAAACAAUUAUAUUUGUCGUGUUCUAAGAAAUCGACUUUUAAUUCAAAAUAAUUUUCAUUAAUUUGAAUAAUUUCAUUGAUAAAUUUAUUGUGAUUUUAUAUCUUUAAAAACUUUUAGCUUGAAUUAAUGAUAUAAACGAAAUAUACCCAAUUUUAAUUUAAAAUAUACCUAAAAUAAUUUAAUUAUUCGAAAAUAUACCGGCGACCUAUUAAAAGAAGUAAUACUCAAAUUUUACUUUAAUUUCGUAGUUAUGAUAAGUUGUUAGUAUAAAAUACAAAGAUUUUUGAUGCAGUGUUUUAGAAAAGAAUAAAUUGUAUGGACAAGUAUAAUUAUUUAUAUAUAAUCUGUCCGGUGUGAAAGGUUACGUAAUAUGCGGUUUGUAAUGUUAUUGAUAGUUUUUUUUUUAGGCCAAUGAUGUAGGUAAAAUUUAUUAGAUAAUAACUGCUUCAGCAAUUAAUGUAGAGAAACAAUUGAGCAAUAUCUUAAUAUAAAAAGUUUUAUUUUUAAGUUACACUUAAAAAGUUAAAUGUUUUUCAUAAUAGACCUUAAACUCAAUCAGUCUCCCGAGGUCGCCAGCAUUAAAAAUAUUGUCGAAAAUUUUAAUUAGAUUGAUGACACUAGUUGUUGUGUCUAAUAAAUAAAUAAAAUGAUUUUAAGAUGAACAUUUCGUCGGGUGUCAAACUCAAGGCGUCUUCUUGCUCUCUGCUAAGACAUACGUUAUCUGCGAUGGCAACACUACUGUAUUACUUAAGAGGGUCAAUUGCUCGUCUGUAUUAUUAGUAUCCAUAAGAAAUAAAAAAGGCGUGGUUCGCCUUAUAAAAUCUUUAAACUAUAAUUGAUUUAAGCUAUUAUUUUUUUUAGAUUUAUUAUUUUUUCUCGCGUGUGUUGAGUUGUAUUGACAAAGAACGAAUCUCUUCUAUCUGUUGUGUGAUUGAAAUGAUAUUUCCACAACUUAACUUUAUGUAAAAGUCUACUGUCCACUGAGCUAUGGCUAGUGUAAGAGAUUAAUUCUAAGCUUGCAUGAUGGAAGCGAAUUAUAUUAAAUUAUCGUAAGUAACUUUCAGUGGAGAGUACACUUAAAUUGAAAAGUAGUUAACAGCACCGUUUAGAUAAUUUUGUAUUCUCUAUUAUUAAGGUACAUGCUUUGAGCGAACGUUACGGUUUCAUAUUGUUCAAACCAAAAUUUUGUUGUUAUUGGUGCAAGUUGUACUACGAUAAUUUAUUUUUAAAUAAAACUUACAAAAUAAUAA